GUAUUUCCCAUUAGACAGAAAAAAAAAGGGUGCAUUAUCACUUAUCACAAUCUCUCUAUCUAUCUAUCCACAUGUGAUUUCCAUUGACGUGGUCGAAUGGGGAAUGGGAAUGGGCCAGCCAUUUAAAGCCUGAAACAUUGGUGGAAAUGCGGAAUGGUCCACAAAGUCUCCCCCGCAAAUGCUAUAAGUAGAUGGCAAAUGCAGAAGAACAGUAGAGAAAGGGAGAGAGACCUUCUAAUUGACUCUAAUAGGAGUUUCCCACCGGCAGUGGUCGCCGCCCCUGUCUUGGAUUUCCUGUUUCUCUCUUGCUCUCUUCUUCAAUCUUCCCUGCUUUAUUCAUUCAAAGUUCUGAACUCCAUUGCCACUGCCAUAAUCAGUUCUGAGUUUGGAGCACAGACCCUUCUCUCUCUCUCUCUCUCUCUUGCAGGAAGCAUUUUGAGCAGUGUUUCCUUUUGUGGGCUAGGCUUCGUUUGGCCUCUCAGCCAAAUUUUUUGGGUCUCCGGGGCAUUCUGCAAUUGUUGCUUUUACAGUUCUACUCAUCCAAUGGCUGUCAGUGCAUUAGCAUUCCCUGCUUAUUUUAACCAAGCAGCGGCUUCAGAUCCUCAUAGUCCAGCUACCCUCUCUUCUGCUUUGUUUUGGGGAGCAGAUCUUCAUUGCCCAUCUCAGCAAAAGCUCAAUCAGGGACUGGCCCGGAAAAGGUCUAGAGGAGUUUGGGCAUCGCUUUCAGAUAGAGGGGAGUAUCAUUCACAGAGACCACCUACUCCUCUACUGGACACCAUUAACUAUCCAAUUCACAUGAAAAAUCUGUCUCUUAAGGAGCUGAAACAACUGGCAGAUGAGCUGCGUUCUGAUGUGAUCUUCAAUGUCUCCAAGACUGGGGGUCACCUUGGCUCGAGCCUCGGCGUUGUCGAGCUCACUGUGGCUCUCCAUUAUGUCUUCAAUGCCCCUCUAGAUAGGAUACUGUGGGAUGUUGGUCAUCAGUCUUACCCACACAAAAUCCUCACUGGGAGAAGAAGUAGGAUGAGGACCCUGAGACAGACAAAUGGAUUAUCAGGGUUCACUAAACGUUCGGAGAGUGAAUAUGAUUGCUUCGGCACUGGUCACAGUUCAACCACUAUCUCUGCAAGCUUAGGAAUGGCUGUGGGGAGGGAUCUAAAAGGAAGAAAGAACAAUGUAGUAGCUGUCAUAGGUGAUGGUGCCAUGACAGCAGGGCAAGCUUACGAAGCCAUGAACAAUGCUGGGUACUUGGACUCUGACAUGAUUGUUAUUCUCAACGACAACAAACAAGUUUCUUUGCCCACCGCUAAUUUAGAUGGGCCCAUACCUCCUGUAGGAGCUUUGAGUAGUACUCUCAGUAGGUUGCAAUCAAACAGGCCUCUUCGAGAACUCAGAGAGGUUGCCAAGGGAGUUACGAAGCAGAUUGGUGGACCUAUGCACAAACUGGCUUCAAAAGUAGACGAAUAUGCUCGAGGGAUGAUUAGCGGUUCUGGAUCAACAUUGUUUGAAGAGCUGGGGCUUUAUUAUAUUGGUCCCGUUGAUGGUCAUAACGUAGAUGAUCUUGUUUCCAUUCUCAAAGAAGUCAAGGACACCAAGACAACUGGUCCAGUCUUGAUCCAUGUUGUUACUGAGAAAGGCAGGGGUUAUCCAUAUGCAGAGAGAGCUGCAGACAAGUAUCAUGGAGUGGCAAAGUUUGAUCCAGCGACUGGAAAGCAAUUCAAAGGCAGUGCUCCUACUCAGUCGUUCACAACAUAUUUUGCGGAAGCCUUAGUUUCAGAAGCAGAGAAGGACAAAGACAUUGUUGCAAUCCACGCAGCGAUGGGAGGAGGAACCGGGUUGAAUCUCUUUCUUCGCCGUUUCCCAACUCGAUGCUUUGAUGUUGGGAUAGCGGAACAGCAUGCUGUGACUUUUGCUGCUGGGAUGGCCUGUGAAGGCAUCAAACCUUUUUGUGCAAUUUACUCAUCCUUUAUGCAGAGGGCUUAUGAUCAGGUAGUACAUGAUGUCGACCUGCAGAAGUUGCCUGUGAGAUUUGCAAUGGACAGAGCUGGACUUGUUGGAGCAGAUGGACCCACACAUUGUGGCUCCUUUGAUGUAACUUUCAUGGCAUGCCUCCCAAACAUGGUGGUGAUGGCUCCUUCUGAUGAGGCAGAACUCUUCCACAUGGUAGCUACUGCUGCUGCCAUUGACGACCGGCCUAGUUGUUUCCGAUACCCGAGAGGAAAUGGUGUUGGUGUUCAACUUCCAGCAGGGAACAAAGGUGUUCCCCUUGAGGUUGGAAAGGGCAGGAUACUGAUUGAAGGGCAAAGAGUGGCACUCCUGGGAUAUGGAAUAGCAGUUCAGAACUGUUUGGAAGCAGCUGCUCUACUGGAGCCACACGGAUUAAAGCUAACGGUUGCAGAUGCACGCUUCUGCAAACCACUGGAUUAUGCUCUCAUUCGCAGCCUGGCAAAAUCACAUGAGGUUUUAAUCACUGUUGAAGAGGGAUCCAUUGGGGGCUUUGGUUCUCAUGUUGCUCAGUUCUUGGCCCUGGAUGGGUUUCUUGAUGGGAAAAUAAAGUGGAGACCGCUGGUUCUUCCUGAUCGGUACAUCGAACACGGAUCACCAGUAGACCAGCUGGCUGAAGCUGGCCUUACAGCAUCUCAUAUAGCAGGGACAGUCUUCAACAUGCUUGGACACGCAAGGGAGGCCCUGGAGAUCAUGUCUUAAACAGCAACAGAAGCCCCAUUAGGGAUACCAGCUUUUCAUACAAUGUACAUAAGAAAAUUGCUUCAAUAACUCUCAGUUAUGUAAAAUGCAUUGUUACAAUAAAAAGUCAAUCUAGUGAAGUGGGAGCACCAUCUUAGUUUUGAAAAAAUAAGGUCUCCAAAUAUACAAAAAAAUAACAUUGGCUUAUAGUUACCAACUCUCUUCUAAAUAACUGUCACAUUUGAUUGACUUCUGAAUGCUUGGGAAUCCAAUGCGAGAAAAAUUCCCAAGUAGGGACCCUUAGUUAUUUUAUGAACAGAAAAGUAAUACUCUUCGAUAUAAAAAUAAUUCAUGUCUUGUGCUAUUUGAACUAA